UUUCCUGCUCGACAAUCGCCAACCAUGCUGACCACAACCAGCAACCAGCUCUAUUCCUGCCCUGCCCACGGCACCGACCACGACCUGUUCCUCUCAUACCGUGCCCAGACUGAUGCCGACACUGUCCAGGCUUUGAAGGAGGUGCUCACCUCGGUCGCCCUCCGUCGAUAUGGCAAACCCCUUUCCGUCUUUCACGAUGUCGACUGCCUCAACAAUCCCAGCGACCCUCAUGCCAACUCUAUCAGUGCCCUCCCCACCAGCAAGGCCGUCUUCCUGCUCCUCAGUUGGGCAUCGUUCGAACCUAUGAUUGAGAACACCCUUGCCGGUCAGGAGGACAGUGUUCUGCUUGAGAUCAAGACCGCCCUCGAUCUCAAGGAUGCCAAACGCUCCCUCCCUGUCCUUCCCCUCGGAAUCGCCACCAAGGAAACCAAGGAUGGUGUCGAUGUCUUCACUCCCUUCCUGCCGAACAUGUUGUCCCUACCCGACGACCCUGCCUUUGCCCCCCUCAAGCAGAUCCUCGACAGAAUCAAACGCAUCCAGUCCUUUGGCUUCCGUCCCGACCAGAUGCACAAGCGAGUCUACCGCCUCCUCAACCUCGUCCAUCCCAUCCCACCCAACAUGGAUCUCAUUACGUCCAUCCAUCGUAAAUACUUUUGCGACUCCAAGUUCCGAUUCGAUCCCGCCCACCUCGACACCCUGCUCAAGCAGCUCACCCUGACUGGCCGUGCCGUCAUCUCUGGCAUGGGUGGCAUGGGUAAGUCCGUCCUCGCCGUCCAGAUCCUGUUCUUCAUGAUGGGCAUUAUGAAUGCGAGCAACAAGGAAGACCUCCUCGCCAUCAAGGCCGAGACCAUCGGCAUCAAGCCACAGUACCGCCAGGUCUUCUGGAUCAACUGCUCGACUGAGUCGACUGCCCUCGAUGGACUCAUCGAGAUGUUCCCUGGCAUCAAGCCCGAUGAGAUCAAGGAACAUGCCUCGAGGUUCCUCGCCAACACACACGGCUAUCUCCUGGUGCUCGACAAUGUCGAUGACAUCGGCGUGGUCGACUCUGUGUUUGAGCACUCCAAGUCGGUCGGCAACUGGGACGACAAAACCACGCUCGACUACAUCAUGUCGUCGUCGCCAAUGAUUGUCCAGCGACUUGUGUCAGACGAGGCCAAGAAGUCCCUCGACAGCAUCGCGGCCAAGAUCAGCGGAUAUCCACUCGUCAUCCAGACAUUCAUGACGUUUGCCGAGAACUACGACACUCCCCUGUCGGUGCUCGAGGCCACGUUUGCAGGAGCAUUGGCGCUGCAGGAUGGCGAGGACGACACGCGGUCGUCGCUCAAGGUGAUUGUGGAUCUGUCGCUGGACUCGCUGAUGAAGCGAGGAGAUGAGGGCACCGAACAGCCUGGCUGCCUCGAUGCCCUCAGUCUGGUGGCGCCGACCAACAUCCAGUUCGAGUUGAUCAAGGAGAUUGCACAGAAGAUGGAAUUCAAGACUGAAGUGGCCGAUCUGAUCAAGAUGAUGGUCCAGAGUGGUCUCCUCCGAAGUGGAACCGAGGGACAGUACUCGACCCACUCGCUCACUCAGCAAGUGGCCCGAGAGUAUGUCCAAGCACACAGUGAACUGAGUGCCGAAGGUAUCGAAGAUGCCACGGGCACAGUUUUACUCAAGCUCACCGAAACUCUGUUGGUGGAUGCAUAUCAGUAUACGGAACAUCUUGACAGGCACAUAUCUGUGGUCACCGAAGAUAAAUAUACCAAGAACACCCACCAGGCCAUUGGGGCUCGCAUUGUGCAGACUGCACUGACACGCGGACAUUUUGAAAAGGCAAAAUAUGGAUGUGAGCGACACCUGAUCAAAACUCUCAAAUUCUAUCGCACACGGGAACAUCCGAAGGUUGCCAACGCUUUCAACUACAUGGGUGAAUUGGCUAGAUCCGAAGGUAAAAACGAAGUUGCCUUGAAGUACUACCAAGAGGCGCUGAGCAUCCAAAUCAUCGUGUAUGGAACACGCAAGCACCUGUCGAUCGCCACCACAAUCAAUAGCAUGGGCCAUGUCGCCAACUCAAAAGGUGACUACCGGACGGCGCUCAUGCACUAUGAAGAGGCACUUAGUAUCACAAUCAAUAAUCAUUGCACACGAGAACACUCCGAUGUUGCCUCAAGCAUUGCCAAUAUGGGCGAUAUCGCUAGCUCACUUGGCAACUAUGAAGCUGCUCUCAAGCACUACCAGGAGGCACUCGACAUUAAGACCAAGAUAUAUGGCACACGAGAACAUCCCUCAGUCGCCACUCUUAUCAACAACAUAGGCGAUAUCGCCAACUCGCUUGGUGACUACCAUGCUGCUCUCAAGUAUUACCAGGAAGCCAUUGAUAUCAGAACCAAGGUAUUCGGUACAAGAUAUCGGGCCGAUGUUGCCAUCGCGAUCAGCGACAUGGGUAAAGUCUAUAGUUCCCUUGGUGAGGACAAGACCGCUCUCAAAUAUUACCAAGAGUCACUUGAUAUUAGGAUCAAAGUCUAUGGCACGCGAGAACAUCCUGAUGUUGCCAUCGCAAUCAACAAUAUGGGCAAAGCCUACAGCUCACUUCGUAACUACGAAGCUGCUCUCAAAUAUUACCAAGAGUCACUUGAUAUCAGUAUCAAGGUCUAUGGCACACGAGAGCAUCCCGAAGUAGCCAGUACCCUCAUCAACAUGGGAACCAUCGCCAAUUCACAGAAAAACUAUCAAAGCGCCGUCCAAUACUUCCAAGAUUCCCUUGAUAUCUAUAUCAGGUUCUAUGGUACUAGGGAGCACCUCCACAUGGCGGAAGCACUGUUUAGGCUUGGUCAUCUGGCCAGUAGACAAUUCAAGUUCGACGACGCCUUGAAGUACUUCCAGGAAGCACUAGAGAUUAGAACGAAGAUAUAUGGCACGCGAAAUCACCCUGAAAUCGCCACCAUCAUCAGUGGCAUUGCCACAAUACUAAACUUCCAAGGUAACAAAGGAGCCGCUCUGAAGCACCACCAGGAGGCACUUGAAAUCAGGGUCAAGGUGUAUGGUACGCGAGAUCACUACGAAAUCGCCAAAACGAUUAUCGACAUGGGCAUAAUCUCCAGUAUACUCCGUGAAUAUCAAGCCGCACGCCAGUACUACCAGGAGUCACUUGAUAUCAAGGUCAAGCUCUAUGGAACACGAGAGCACCCCGAAAUUGCCGCCAUCAUCCACUAUCUGGGCAACAUGGCCAGGGAACUAUAUGACUACAAUGGUGCCCUGAAAUACUAUCAAGAAGCGCUCAAGAUCCAGAUCAAGGUGUAUGGCACAAAGAAUCACUUCAUGGUCGCUACCACGUUUGAAUCUCUGGGCGAUCUUGCCAAUGUCCAGUACAACUACGAGGAUACUCUCAAGUAUUACCAAGAGGUGGUCGAGAUCAAGACCAAAAUCUACGGCUCCCGUGAAUAUCCAGAUAUCGUCGCCAUGAUUCAACAGAUGGGUAACAUUGCUGAGUGGAAGGGUUACUAUGGAAUCGCUAUCAAAUUUUAUGAAGAAACGCUUGCCCUCCAGACCAAACUAUAUGGCACUAGGCAACAUUUCUCAGUCGUCCCCACGAUCGGAUCUCUGGGCAAUGUCACAGAAUUUCAGGGUGACACCGAUGGCGCUCUCAAGUACUUGCAAGAAGCCCUCGACAUUGGUGUAAAAAUCUAUGGCACACGAGAACACGGAUUCGUUGCCACCAUCAUCCACUGCCUGGGCAACGUCGCCAGUUUCCAAGAUGACUUGGAGGUCGCAUCCAAGCACUACCAGGAGUCGCUGGACAUCAAAAUCAAGAUCUAUGGCACUCGGGAACAUGUCGACGUCGCCGUCACUCUGCGCCGCUUGGGCACUGUUGCUCGCAUACGCGGCGAAUAUGAGCUUGCCGAGAAGCUGUACCUCGAGGCCCUUGAUAUCUAUCUCAAGACCCUCAAAACUCGAGCCCAUGUCCAGGUUGCCUUGACCCUUGACGCCUAUGGAGUACUCAAGUGUCUCCAGGACAAACUCUCCGAGUCGCGACGCAUGCUUCAGGAAGCCGUGGACAUUCUCACCGAGUAUUACAAAACACGAAGACAUCCCGACAUUGCAAAGGUCCUCAAAAACCUGGGUGAUGUUGCAUGUGCUGAACGCGAAUACGUCAACGCCCUUGACUUGUACCGAGAGGUGCUGGAGAUCUGGACCGAAACCAUCAAUAAUCCCGGCCACAAGGAUAUCAAACAAGUCGCGUCCAACAUUGCUGAAGCCAAACACAAGAUUCAGGAAUCCCAAUCUACCUCAUCCGUCCCAUAUCGCAUGCACUCAGACGAUGAAAGUAGCAAGAAAUAAGAGAAUGCCUCCUCAUGUAAAAGCGGAUUCCACAUCACAUUUCGGGCUUGGUGGAGGAACGUCGAAUAAAUUGUAGUAUUCCAUUGA